UUUCAAUUCAACCCCUCUUAAUUCCUUACAAGCUUAUAUAUACACAUUUAUUUCUUCUUUUCCCCCUUUCAAAGAUCCAAGCUUUGGAUCUAUCAUUGCAAUCAAGGGAGAAAAAAAAAAAAAAAACAAGCCAUGUUUUUAUUUGAUUGGUUUUAUGGGAUUCUUGCAUCUUUGGGUUUGUGGCAAAAAGAAGCCAAGAUUUUGUUUUUAGGACUUGACAAUGCUGGCAAGACCACUCUUCUUCACAUGUUGAAAGAUGAGAGAUUAGUUCAACAUCAACCAACCCAGCACCCAACAUCUGAGGAAUUGAGUAUAGGCAAAAUCAAGUUCAAAGCUUUUGAUUUGGGUGGUCACCAAAUCGCUCGCCGUGUCUGGAAGGAUUACUAUGCUAAGGUUGAUGCAGUGGUAUAUUUGGUGGAUGCGUACGACAAGGAAAGAUUUGCAGAGUCGAAGAGGGAAUUAGAUGCGCUGCUUUCAGAUGAAGCAUUGGCCAAUGUUCCUUUUCUAAUUCUAGGCAACAAGAUUGACAUUCCGUACGCAGCUUCAGAAGAUGAGCUUCGUUAUCAUCUUGGGCUGACCAAUUUCACGACUGGGAAGGGCAAGGUCAAUCUUACAAACUCCUCCGUUCGACCCCUUGAGGUGUUUAUGUGCAGCAUUGUUCGCAAAAUGGGAUAUGGUGACGGCUUCAAAUGGGUCUCUCAAUAUAUUAAGUAGAUAAUAUCUUCCUAAACCUUUUUAUUGCUGUGCCGCUGUAUUCCUGCCUUUGUUUGUUGCUUUGUUAGGCCUACUGUUAAGCUCUUUUUUGGGAUAUAUAUGAAACUGCAUAUUACUUUUUUGAUAGACACAUUACUUUUUUUUUAAUAUUAUAAGCUUAAACAUGGAAA